CGUGUCAGUCAACUCUCAUGUCUCAAACUAAACUUUAAGCAGCGCUAGUGUUUUUAAUUAUUUACUGGCUUGUUAAUUGUAUUCCCGAAUCCCGUUUCAUAUAGAGGUUAUGUGUAAAAAAACAUUUAGUUUUUAGUGUAGUGUGUAAAUUAAUUAAUCUUAAAAAUGGAGAGUAGAAAAGAUACUUUAACCAUGGCAAAAAUGUGUCGGUUUUGUUUAACGCAAACAACACCUCUGAAGAGUUUGUAUUCAAAAAAUAAGACAAAUAAAGACGCUUUAAGUUUAAAAUUUAAAGUUUUAUCUUGUCUGUCGUACGAGGUUUUUCCUUCUGAUAGAAUGCCUACAUAUAUAUGUGACCGCUGCAAGUUCUUUAUGAACUCAUUUUAUGAAUUUAAGAAAAUUUGUAGGCAAUCGGAGGAAUUAGUUCUGAAAUUCAUCCGCAAUGGGAAAGCAUUUGAGCCUGUUACUUGGCCUAAAGCACUGUCAAAAGUGUAUGACAGUUCCAAAGAUGUGGUAAAUACAAUCAUUGAAGGUGGAACAACGGUGCAAGUAUCCUCGCAAGAUACAUCAGAGAGUGAAGAUGAGGAUGCUAAUGUAUACAAUGUUCAGAUUGGUGAGGACGACGGAGCAAAGACAACGCAAGUGAAGAUUGUCACCACAGACAACAUAGAGAAAAAAGCAAAAAAAGAUACAGUAGAGACCGAGACACGUGUGGCCGAGGGCUGUUGGCCAUGCGAGGAAUGCCAUCGCACCUACCCGUUGGAACAAUUGCUGACCCUGCACAAGAUGAGACAGCAUAAUCGACCUAAGCUAGUUGAAUGCGACAUGUGUGAUUCAAAAUUCUUCUCGAAAAGUGAUUUAACAAUACAUCAACAAAGACAUUCCGAUGAGACGCCUUUUCCGUGUGUGGCCUGUGACCAUAAGUUCAAACGGCUUAUACUUCUAAAGAGACAUGAGAGGUUGGUCCAUUCGGACCUACCUCAACAUAGUUGUCCGAGCUGUCCGGCCACAUUUAUCUCCGUAGAAGAAUUGACGUCCCAUCAACAGAGACACACGAAGAGAGCGGAGAGGUCAUAUGUAUGCGAUGUGUGUGAUAAGACAUUCGCCGUACGUUCGACUCUUCAAAGACAUAUCGCCGUAUUACAUAAACGCGAACCGCAAUUCAACUGCGAAUAUUGUCCUGAGCGUUUUGGCUCUGUGUCGAAAUUGUCAAGACAUUUGCGGACGCACGCGGGUGAGAGGCCGUACCCCUGCAAGUACUGCAAUAAGAGUUUCAUCAAAUCGCAGCAUUAUACCAGACAUCUCCGUGUGAAACAUCGUGAUGAAAUGCGCACUGGCCAAAGCCCCGACGAGCUGUAUAGGUGCGAGCAAUGCGAGGAGACCUUCGCGAAUCAGGACGAGCUGAUCUUCCACUCGGCGAUCCACGCGACGCAGAAUCUUACCUGUCCCCUGUGCCAGGAGAAGUUUGACAAUGUGGAUGACGUCACUACUCAUAUAAAGUCCCAUGUUAAUGGUGUUGAAUUUAUGUGUGAGUAUUGUGAGCUGGUCUUCACCACCAAGGAGAAGUACGACAACCAUUUGAUGUUGGCGCAUGAAGAUGAAAUUCAUAAUGCUAUUGGUGAUGAGGAGUCGUCAAUGGAACUGGAUGGAGAGGACUACGAAGAUGAUGCGAGCAUAAAUGUGAAAGAGGACGGUGAUAGUAUGGUCAUUGAAAUAAAGAAAAUGGAUGCCGACAGUUUAAUGAUGUCCGAAGAGCUCCAAGCUGAUGAAGAUGAGGUUAAACAGGACACCAAUUCGGAAGCUAGCGAAACUGAGUUACCAGAACAAGAGUCGGUCGAAAUCGAGGCUACAAUCGAGAAGAUCACCGCGAAGCCCUUAGAAGAGAUUACUCAAAGUCUAGUGCCUCUAGCGGAAAUAACUCGAGUUAAACCGAUCGCUGGAAGUGAUAGUCAGACUAUUGUUGCUCGCCAGGUUGAGGAGAAACGAAAAGUUGAAGUAACGGAAACAGAACCGGUGAAAAAAGUAAAAGUGAAAGCGGAGUCCACGAACAGCGCAGGAUUCACGGAUAAGUCUUUACGGCUGUUAGAAAAGGAGCUGCAAGAUCUUAAAAGGACCAACGUGCGGCCGGACGUUGGAAAAUCGACCCCCAAAGUUCAGGAACUUCCUAAAAUUCGACGUACACAAGUUAUAACAUCUACUCCUAAAUUAAAGUUAAACGAAGAAAGAAAAUCAUUUUUAGUUAAAUCACCAGCCGUCGAGAGGAAAACGUUUGAGAAACGUCUCACAAAAGAGAACAAAGAGCCGCAGAAAGAAGAGAAGAAGGAAAAGGACGAAGAGAAGAGAGAGGUUGAGAAGAAGGAUAAAGAAGUAAAGGAAAUACCAAAGAGCCUAGUGAAGAACGGAAGCGAUAAGAGCGAUGAAGUGCGUCGUUCCAGUCGCCCAUCUCGUGUGAAGGACUACGCCAAGAUGGUGGGGGACCAUUUGAAGGGCAAUUCAGAGGAGGACAGCGAUUCCGAAGAGGAUGACGAGGAGUAUAUUGAGGGUAGUAUGCCAGAGAUGAAAAUAAAGCGCCGUACCAGUUUUAAAGCCAAGCUCCAGCCGGGGUCGUCGCCCUCGCCUGGUGCUACUCCGACCCCGAGGAAGAGAGGCAGACCGCGAAAGGACGCCAGCAAAGAAGUACCGGAGAAGAUAAGAAAAGAAGACACUACCAGUAACGAUGUGAAAGAGAUUGAAGAGAAAACUAAUAAUGGAAAGAAAGUUGACAAAUCUACUCCAACGACUCCUGUGAAAGAGUCCCCGACAAUAGAGCAAAAGUCACCGUCCAGUGACGUCAUACUAUCACCCACAGGACAAACACUGAAGAAGGUUCCAAUCAAAGCUCUGCCGCCGGGUGUCAAGCCAAUGCCUCUGCCCAUGAAUGCGAGACCGCAACGUGAAUUGUGUGAAAUGCAAAUAGGAAAGAAAUUUGUGAAAGUACAGAAAAUUGUGAUGACCAAGUCGGAUGUUGAGGCGAUGGCUAAGCAGGGAUUACUCGAAAUGAAGGACGGCAAUAUGGUGCUAAAGCCAGGCAUUAAGCUGCCAACUAACACGCUUAACAAAGAGAUUAAAGAAACACCAAAAAGAGAUAAGGCUGCCCCGACCAGGUGCGAAAUUGGGGAAUAAUUACUAUAAUCCUUCAAGCAUAUCCGACCCUGUGGGUCCACGAUGCUGGAGAUUGGUAACACGGUGUAACUCGUUUUUUUUUCUUGACAUUGACAGAUGAUAGUUGACAGGUUGACACAUUGUAACAACCUAUUUUAAAAUUGAGCGUCAAACAUGACGUAUGUCAAAAACUAUUGGAUUUUGACAUUAGCCUAACUCUCAAUCUUGAGUAUUAUGGCUUAGCACAUUGUCAGUGACAGUUGACAUAGUUGUCGAAGUAAUGAAUUAAUUCCGUCACUAAUUUAAAAGGUGAGUUAACUCAGAAUCGCAAUGAAGUUAGCGCAGUGUCACCUAUCUCUAGCUGGUAAUUAGGAUUAAAUAUACAGUGGAUUUUGCUUAUAACGACGAUUGGAUCAGUCUAAUUUCGUUAUAUCCGGAAGUUACUGGCAGUGGUUGAGAUAAAGACGGACAUAUAGUUUAUAUUAUAUUACUGAAAGCACACAGUUAAAAAAAAACUUAGAAUAUCAGUUUGAAACUGACCCAUAAAUUUAAUAUCGAAACCUAAUCUAUAAACAAAAUGUAAAUGUCUCAGUUGAUGUGUAAAUGUUCACAAAAGAUAGUGUUUAGCGGUUGACUCCAGUCGAAAUAUCUGCAUUGGAUUUCCAAACUCCCUAUAGCUUUUGAUUAUAUACAUUUUCUUUUUCUUUUACAUUCAUUACAUAUGAAUUUUGUACUAAAGUAUGCUUUAAAUUCAAGGGCCUUACAUUUAACUACUUGGAGCGACCAAGGUCUUAAAUGAAAUCCACUGUAUUUAAAUUAUGUUUGAUAUAGAAUUGAAUUAAGAUUUGUGUUUUGUGUGGUCAUUACUUUGUAGGUACGUAAUAUUUUGGCGACCAUUACACAUUUUAAUUACCAAAACAACAUAUGCUUAAUAAUGAAGUGUAAAGAAACCAGAACUUUUCAUAACCUCCGAUCAUGUAUGAACUUUGGCAAAGUUUUUUAACCGGAUAAAGUUUAUUAAAUUACAACCAAUAUGAGCAUAUACAGCAAUACAUGAACUAGAAUGAACCGAAGAUAUAAAAGAAUUAAAAUGAAUUUUUAAUCAUAUGAAUAUCAUUACAGCCAUGAUGAAAUGAACUGUCACAAAUAAUAAAUUUAAAAAAAGUUUUCUGGCUGUAAAAUUUAAAAUUUCUUUAAAUUAAAUAAUUCUAUACUGUCACUCACUAUCUUCCUUCUAUUAUUAUACUAUAAAUGAUAAACUAUUGAAGUUGUCUUUUCAUAUAAAUAAAAUAUUUGGGCGGUUCCAAUAUUCACCGUCUAUGUUGUCAUGACUACCAUCUUUGAUGUAAUGGCCAUGAACACAAUAUUAAGAUAUGGAUCAAUAAUGCUGUAAAUCUGUAAAAUCCAAUAAAUGAAACUCUUGGCUCGUAUAAGUAUUGCAAUGAAGUACAUUUGUUAUAAUUAUGCUUUAUUUUUAUUGUUUAGUAAAUAUGAGUGUUUAUCUGUACAGAAUUGUAUGCUAUAA